UGGCAGAAGCAAGUGCUGACAUCAACAUGAAGGUGUUCAUUACUAUUCUGGCUUUGGCCGUGGCCUCUGCCUCGGCCUUCGAUGAGAAGGUAUUCAUCAAGGACUUGCCCAAGUCCAGCAAGAUCGAGGGACGCGUUACCAACGGUUAUGCCGCUCCUGAGGGCAAGGCUCCGUACACCGUUGGACUUGGUUUCAGCGGCGGCUGGUGGUGCGGUGGCUCCAUCAUCGCCCACGACUGGGUCCUGACUGCCGAGCACUGCAUCGGAGAUGCUGCUUCCGUGACCGUCUACUUCGGUGCCACGUGGCGUACCAACGCUCAGUUCACCCACACUGUUGGCAACAGCAACUUCAUCAAGCACAACAACGCCGACAUCGCUCUGAUCCGCAUUCCCCACGUGGACUUCUGGCACAUGGUCAAUAAGGUGGAGCUGCCCAGCUACAACGAUCGCUACAACAACUACAACGAAUGGUGGGCCGUCGCCUGCGGCUGGGGCGGCACCUACGAUGGCAGUCCCCUGCCCGACUGGCUCCAGUGCGCCGAUCUGCAGAUCGUUCACAACGAGGAGUGCGGCUGGACCUAUGGCUCCGUCGGAGAUAACAUCAUCUGCACCCGGACCGUCGAUGGCAAAUCGAUCUGCGGCGGUGACUCCGGUGGCCCAUUGGUCACACACGACGGCAACAAACUGGUCGGUGUCAGCAACUUCGUCUCCAGCAACGGCUGCCAGUCAGGAGCUCCCGCUGGCUUCCAGCGUGUCACCUACCACUUGGACUGGAUCCGUGAUCACACUGGCAUUUCCUACUAAUUCUAAAUAAAUCGAACAUUGAAAGCA